UUGUUGUUCGAAAAACGAGUCGAGCAGCAUCAACAAGAAGCAGACAAGAUCGAUAGAGCGAGAAGGCAGGACUGAGCACGGAGGAGAAGGGACUAGAACUCCCGGUAGAAGGAGAAAUUCAACUAACCCAACAAUGGCGAUUUCUGGCGAUCUGAGGGUCUCUGCAACGCUUCCACUCCAUCACUCUUACCCCCGUCAAAGUUCAUUGUCAUCCCCGAAGGUAGACUUCUCUAGUUCCUUGAAUGGGGCAUCCAGCAUCACUGAAUUCACACCAAAGUAUCCCAGCAUGGCAAUUAAACAUCAUGGUAUGCGCAGUCAGUGGAAGCCAGUUUCUGGAGUCAGUGGAGAUCGUAAUGCAUCACCAAAAUUUGCUACCCAAGAAGCUGAGAAUUUUCUCCUUGAUGCUAUUAACAUGAGCUUUUUUGAACGAUUAAGCUUGGCUUGGAAAAUAGUUUUCCCAUCAGCAGUAUCUAAAAAAAGCUCAAAUGCUAGGAUUGCCAAGCAGCGUCUAAAGAUGAUCUUGUUUUCUGAUCGAUGUGAAGUAAGCGACGAGGCAAAGCGCAAAAUUGUUAACAACAUUGUGCGUGCUUUGUCUGACUUUGUGGAAAUAGAAUCACAGGACAAAGUACAGUUGAGUGUUUCUGCUGAUACCGAUAUUGGAACUAUUUACUCUGUGACGGUGCCUGUCCGGCGUGUUAAGCCAGAAUAUCAAGAUCUGGAUGAAUAUGGGACAAUAACAAACAUUGAGUACAAGGAUGUUGGAGAUAGUUCAGGUUCCGUUGAUGUUAGAUUUGAUUUUUAUGUUCCAGAUGAGAGGUCUUGAUGUCUGAACUGAAAGCUUGUUUCACAAACUAUUGAUCAAUUUGUGUUAGGAAUUUUUACUAGUUUAGCUAAGUUGUAACCGUGUAUAUAUUUGAGACUUGAGUAAGAGAAGACUAGCAGCUUUUGAGUUUUGAUUAUACCACCUUUAUUUUGUUUGGUUUGGUGCGUAGCUGAGCUAAAAAUGACUUGUUAUUUGCAAUGAGAUUUAUGAUAAGUUUUUCUUUGAAGUCA